AUGGUGUCGGAGGGUCUGGUGUCCUUCGAGGAGGUGGCUGUGUAUUUCUCCAAGGAGGAGUGGUCUCAGCUGGAUUCUGACCAAAAAGCGCUCCAUUGGGAAGUCAUGCUGGAAAAUUAUAGGAAUGUGGCCUCUCUGGGUGGUGAACGGGAGAUGAAGGAUUCUGGCCAAGAAUCAGCAGCACCAUUGCAAAAAGGCAGAAUGAAACACGCAGAGACAUUUUUUGGAAAACAAAGUUCUCAGGAAAAACAAUUAAAAGGGGAGCUAGAGAAAUGCUCUACUUUACCACAUGUUGCUGUCAGUGACUUCUCAGGCAAAGAUGAUCAGCUAGAAAAAGAGGCUUGGCCAGAGUGUGGAAAAAUACCCGCAAACGAAUCAGGAUUAUACAACUGUUGCAGAAGCCACACGAUAGAGAAACAAAAUGAACAUGGAAAACGUUUCCGAAGGACCUUCUCCGUUACUUUGCCUCAGAGAAUACAAGGAGAGAAACCAUAUAAAUGCCUGGAUUGCGGAAAAAGCUUCAGAGACUCAAAUUAUCUUACUUCCCAUAAAAGGAUCCACACAGGAGAAAAACCGUACAAAUUCAGGGUAUGCGGAAAGGGCUUCGAUUUUCCACAAAAUCUCACUUCCCAUUUUAAGAGUCACACAGGCGAGAAACCAUAUGAAUACCCCAAGUGUGGAAAGACCUUCAGUGAAAAAUAUCAGUAUAAAGUUCAUAACCAAAAACACACUGGAGAGAAACCAUAUAAAUGUGCAGAGUGUGGAAAACUCUUCACUAAUUCAAGUUCCUUCACUUACCAUAAAAGAAUCCACACCGGAGAAAAACCGUAUGAAUGCAAGGAAUGUGGAAAGAGCUUCCGUUGUGCAAAACACCUUACUUACCAUACAAGGAUUCAUACAGGGGAGAAACCAUAUAAAUGCCAGGAGUGUGGAAAGGGCUUCACAAUUUCAAGUUCUCUUACUGUUCAUAAAAUGAUCCACACUGGGGAGAAACCCUACAAAUGCAAGAACUGUGCAAAAAGCUUCAGACAUAAAGGUCACUAUAUUGUACAUAACAGAAUCCACACUGGAGAGAAACCAUAUAAAUGCCCAGAGUGUGGAAAGGGCUUCAGAACUUCAACUUCUCUUUCUGCUCACAAAAUGAUCCACACCAGAGAGAAACCCUACAAAUGCAAGAACUGUGCAAAAAGCUUCAGUCAAAAAUAUAAGUAUACUGUACAUAACAGAAUCCACACUGGAGAGAAACCGUAUAAAUGUCCGGAGUGUGGAAAGAGCUUCACAACUUCAAGUCAUCUUACUGCUCAUAAAAUGAUCCACACCGGGGAGAAACCAUACAAAUGCAAGAACUGUGCAAAAAGCUUCAGACAAAAAUGUCACUAUAUUGUACAUAACAGAAUCCACACUGGAGAGAAACCAUAUAAAUGCCCGGAGUGUGGAAAGAGUUUCACAACUUCAAGUUAUCUUACUGCUCACAAAAUGAUCCACACCGGGGAGAAACCCUACAAAUGCAAGAACUGUGCAAAAAGCUUCAGACUAAAAGGAGAAUAUAUUGUACAUAACAGAAUCCACACUGGAGAGAAACCGUAUAAAUGUACGAAGUGUGGAAAGGGCUUCACAGUUUCAAGUUCUCUUACUGCUCAUAAAAUGAUCCACACCGGGGAGAAACCCUACAAAUGCAAGAACUGUGCAAAAAGCUUCAGUCAAAAAUAUCAGUAUACUGUACAUAACAGAAUCCACACUGGGGAGAAACCAUAUAAAUGCUCGGAGUGUGGAAGGUGUUUCACUUCAUCAAGUUCCCUCACUUCCCAUCAAAGGAGCCACACUGGAGAGAAACCGUAUAAAUGCUCGGAGUGUGGAAGAUGUUUCAGUUUGUCAAGUAACCUCACUUCCCAUCAAUGGACCCACACCAGGAAAAAUCGUACAUUUAGAAUACAAGGAGAGAAACCAUAUAAAUGCCUGGAUUGCGGAAAAAGCUUCAGAGACUCAAAUUAUCUUACUUCCCAUAAAAGGAUCCACACAGGAGAAAAACCGUACAAAUGCAGGGUAUGCGGAAAGGGCUUCGAUUUUCCACAAAGUCUCACUUCCCAUUUUAGGAGUCACACAGGCGAGAAACCAUAUGAAUGCAUCAAGUGUGGAAAGACCUUCAGUAAAAAAUAUCAGUAUAAAGUUCAUAACCAAAAACACACUGGAAAGAAACCAUAUAAAUGUACAGAAUGUGGAAAACGCUUCACUUAUUCAAGUCACCUCACUUACCAUAAAAGAAUCCACACCGGAGAAAAACCGUAUGAAUGCAAGGAAUGCGGAAAGAGCUUUCGUUGUGCAAUACACCUUACUUACCAUACAAGGAUUCAUACAGGGGAGAAACCAUAUAAAUGCCAAGAGUGUGGAAAGAGCUUCAGAAUGUCAAGUUUUCUUGCUACUCACAAAAUGAUCCACACCAGAGAGAAACCCUACAAAUGCAAGAACUGUGCAAAAAGCUUCAGACAAAAAGGUCAGUAUAUUAUACAUAACAGAAUCCACACUGGGGAGAAACCGUAUAAAUGCUCGGAGUGUGGAAAACACUACACUACUUCAAGUCACCUCAGUAACCAUAAAAGAAUCCACACCGGGGAAAAACCAUAUAAAUGCCCGGAGUGUGGAAAGGGCUUCAGAGUUUCAAGUUAUCUUACUGCUCACAAAAUGAUCCACACCGGGGAGAAACCCUACAAAUGCAAGAACUGUGCAAAAAGCUUCAGAGUAAAACGUGAAUAUAUUGUACAUAAUAGAAUCCACACUGGAGAGAAACCACAUAAAUGCCCAGAGUGUGGAAAGGGCUUCAGAAUUUCACGUUCUCUUGCUGAUCACAAAAUGAUCCACACCAGAGAGAAACCCUACAAAUGCAAGAACUGUGCAAAAAGCUUCAGACAAAAAGGUCAGUAUAUUAUACAUAACAGAAUCCACACUGGGGAGAAACCGUAUAAAUGCUCAGAAUGUGGAAAAUGCUACACUACUUCAACUCAACUCAAUUACCAUAAAAGAAUCCACACCGGGGAAACACCAUAUAAAUGCCCGGAGUGUGGAAAGGGCUUCACAACUUCAGGUUCUCUUACUGGUCAUAAAACGAUCCACACCGGGGAGAAACCCUACAAAUGCAAGAACUGUGAAAAAAGCUUCAGACUAAAGGGUCACUAUAUUGUACAUAACAGAAUCCACACUGGGGAGAAACCAUAUAAAUGCUCGGAGUGUGGGCAAUGUUUCACUUCGUCAAGUUCCCUCAUUUCCCAUCAAUCGACCCACACUAGGAAAAAUCAUAAAUUUGGUCCCUAUGACCUGAGGCACCAAAGAAAACCUACAGAAGCCAUGCACUACAAGCGCCAUGAAAGACACUGGGAGAAAUUACUCAAACUCUACCAAGGGCCUAAGGAGGAGCUCUUUCCUGAAAGUGCGGGCCAACUGGAAGAAGAUAAGGAGCUCUAUGAUUUCCCUAACAUCAAUAUCAAUGAUCCUAGUCAGAUUUGGAGAUUCUCCAUCUUACUAGAAGAGCUCCAGGCAGCACAAGAAAGUGGCACCAUGCCUGGACUUGCUCCCCUUGAGCAGUUUGACACACAGAACAUUAUCACUCAAAAACUACCAAGACAAUUGAAAGAUAAAUGGUUUGAUAUGACCCAGUCCCACAGGAAACAGUACCCCAGCAAACCUCCACCCUUUGCUGCUCUUGCAGAUUUUGUUUCUGAUCAAUCAGAUAUGUACAAUGACCCCAAUUACCUUGACGUCCAUGAAACAUGUUUCACAAUGCCAAAACGGACCAAUCACAAUUUUGGUACUAAUAGAAGUUCCUUCCAAGCCACAAAGGACAGAACUCCUAUUUCAGUAGAAUUUGGGAAAAAAUCCCUGGAUGAUCGAAAGGCCCUACUCAAAGAACAAAGGAUAUGCUUCAAAUGCUGUGACUCUAUAGAUCACAUGGCCAAAGAUCGCGUAAUCAGGGUGAAAUGCCACCUGUGUAACAGUGACAAGCACCCGGCAGCCUUGCAUUUAGAAUCUAAGAAACCCUCUGAGGAGACACAACAAGCGUCUUCGACCUAUCCUACGACGACGAAGACUCAACGUGACUUCAAAGAACACCUAGAUACCCGACUCCAUGACUUUUGUAAUCGAUGGUUCAAAGCAGAAAAGCACACCAAAGCCCAGAUGCUGGACCUGGUUGUUCUGGAGCAGUUUCUGGCCCUUCUGCCCAUUAAGAUGGAAAACUGGGUGCGAGAGUGUGGAGCAGAGACCAGCUCCCAGGCGGUGGCCCUGGUGGAAGGCCUUCUCCUGAGCCAGGCAGGGGAGCAGAAGGAGCAGUCCUUCACAAAGGACAUCAGAGUUUCUGAGGGAAGCAGGAAUCCAUCAAAUUCUCCUCAGGAGUUGUUUUUGAGGAGCGUUUCUCUGGAAGAUCCAAGUCUGGACACCUUGGGAGGGAAGACUACAGUGGAGUUGUCUGCUCUGUAUGGUGCAGCUGAAACAGUGGUUGAAACUGCAACUCAAGAGGGUCUGGUGUCCUUCGAGGAGGUGGCUGUGUAUUUCUCCAAGGAGGAGUGGUCUCAGCUGGAUUCUGACCAAAAAGCGCUCCAUCAGGAAGUCAUGCUGGAAAAUUAUAGGAAUGUGGCCUCUCUGGGUGGUGAACGGGAGAUGAAGGAUUCUGGCCAAGAAUCAGCAGCACCAUUGCAAAAAGGCAGAACGAAGCAUGCAGAGACAUUUUUUGGAAAGCAAAAUUCUCAGGAAAAACAAUUAAAAGGGGAGCUAGAGAAAUGCUCCACUUUACCACAUGUUGCUGUCAGUGACUUCUCGGGCAAAGAUGAUCAGCCAGAAAAAGAGGCUUGGCCAGAGUGUGGAAAAGUACCCGCAGACGAAUCAGGAUUAUACGACUGUUGCAGAAGCCACAUGAUAGAGAAACAAAAUGAACGUAGAAAACGUUUCCGAAGGACCUUCUCCGUUACUUUGCCUCAGAGAAUACAAGGAGAGAAACCAUAUAAAUGCCUGGAUUGCGGAAAAAGCUUCAGAGACUCAAAUUAUCUUACUUCCCAUAAAAAGAUCCACACAGGAGAAAAACCGUACAAAUUCAGGGUAUGUGGAAAGGGCUUCGAUUUUCCACAAAACCUCACUUCCCAUUUUAAGAGUCACACAGGCGAGAAACCAUAUGAAUGCCCCAAGUGUGGAAAGACCUUCAGUGAAAAAUAUCAGUAUAAAAUUCAUAACCAAAAGCACACUGGAGAGAAACCAUAUAAAUGUACAGAGUGUGGAAAACGCUUCACUAAUUCAAGUUCCUUCACUUACCAUAAAAGAAUCCACACUGGAGAAAAACCGUAUGAAUGCAAGGAAUGCAGAAAGAGCUUCCGUUGUGCAAAAUACCUUACUUACCACACAAGGAUUCAUACAGGGGAGAAACCAUAUAAAUGCCAGGAGUGUGGAAAGGGCUUCAGAAUUUCAACUUCUCUUGCUGCUCACAAAACGAUCCACACUGGGGAGAAACCCUACAAAUGCAAGAACUGUGCAAAAAGCUUCAGACAAAAAUGUCACUAUAUUGUACAUAACAGAAUCCACACUGGAGAGAAACCAUAUAAAUGCCCAGAGUGUGGAAAGGGCUUCGCAACUUCAAGUUAUCUUACUGCUCACAAAAUGAUCCACACCGGGGAGAAACCCUACAAAUGCAAGAACUGUGCAAAAAGCUUCAGACUAAAAGAUGAAUAUAUUGUACAUAACAGAAUCCACACUGGAGAGAAACCGUAUAAAUGUACGAAGUGUGGAAAACACUGCACUACUUCAAGUCACCUCAGUUACCAUAAAAGAAUCCACACCGGGGAAAAACCAUAUAAAUGCCCGGAGUGUGGAAAGGACUUCACAACGUCAAGUUCUCUUACUGCUCAUAGAAUGAUCCACACCGGGGAAAAACCCUACAAAUGCAAGAACUGUGCAAAAAGCUUCAGUCAAAAAUAUCAGUAUACUGUACAUAACAGAAUCCACACUGGGGAAAAACCGUAUAAAUGCCCGGAGUGUGGAAGAUGUUUCACAACGUCAAGUUCCCUCACUUCCCAUCAAAGGAGCCACACUGGAGAGAAACCAUAUAAAUGCUCGGAGUGUGGAAGAUGUUUCACUUCAUCAAGUUCCCUCACUUCCCAUCAAUGGACCCACACCGGAGAAAAACCGUAUGAAUGCAAGGAAUGCGGAAAGAGCUUCCGUUGUGCAAAACACCUUACUUACCAUACAAGGAUUCAUACAGGGGAGAAACCAUAUAAAUGCCAGGAGUGUGGAAAGGGCUUCAGAACUUCAACUUCUCUUGCUGCUCACAAAACGAUCCACACCGGAGAGAAACCCUACAAAUGCAAGAACUGUGCAAAAAGCUUCAGACAAAAAUGUCACUAUAUUGUACAUAACAGAAUCCACACUGGAGAGAAACCAUAUAAAUGCCCAGAGUGUGGAAAGGGCUUCAGAACUUCAACUUUUCUUGCUGCUCACAAAAUAAUCCACACCAGAGAGAAACCCUACAAAUGCAAGAACUGUGCAAAAAGCUUCAGUCAAAAAUAUAAGUAUACUGUACAUAACAGAAUCCACACUGGAGAGAAACCGUAUAAAUGUACAAAGUGUGGAAAACACUGCAAUAAUUCAAGUCACCUCAAUUACCAUACAAAAAUCCACACCGGGGAAAAUCCAUAUAAAUGCCAGGAGUGUGGAAAGACCUUCAGUGAAAAAUAUCAGUAUAAAGUUCAUAACCAAAAGCACACCGGAGAGAAACCAUAUAAAUGUACAGAGUGUGGAAAACUCUUCACUAAUUCAAGUUCCUUCACUUACCAUAAAAGAAUCCACACCGGAGAAAAACCGUAUGAAUGCAAGGAAUGCGGAAAGAGCUUCCGUUGUGCAAAACACCUUACUUACCAUACAAGGAUUCAUACAGGGGAGAAACCAUAUAAAUGCCAGGAGUGUGGAAAGGGCUUCACAGUUUCAAGUUCUCUUACUACUCAUAAAAUGAUCCACACUGGGGAGAAACCAUAUAAAUGCUUGGAGUGUGGAAGAUGUUUCACUUCGUCAAGUAACCUCAAUUACCAUCAAUGGAACCACACUAGGAAAAAUCAUACAUUUGUCUGGAGUGUGCAAAGGGGUGAACUCAACGUCAGUCCCUUUAUCAGCACAGAAAAGAACCGUAUAAACAAAUUAUCAGAAAUUUGGGACUUUUGAGCUAUUUAUUACUGUGGAGAAAUGAAAUGUUAGGGAAUGAAGGG